AUGGCUGAAGAUGGCUUCAAACCAGCCUGCACCUGGGUUGGCCACGAGAUCGCCUGGCUUGACGAAAUCCAGCAGUUCUACCGCGACCGAAGCGCCAUCGAGAAGGAGUAUAGCGCGAAGCUGAAUGCCCUCGCCAAGAGGAUCGUUGGAAAGCUUACGACGAUCGAGCAGAGAGCUACCGAGCACGAUAAGUACGGCAAUGAUCUGAUCACCAGGGUUGCCGAUCCACUCAAGAGUCUUGGGCUACGAGUAGAGGACCUACGAAAGCGCCAUAUCGAGCAUUCGGAGAGACUUGAGAAAGAGAGGGACUCUUCGUAUUCCGAUCUACGCAAGAUGAAAGCCAAGUACGAUGCCGCCUGCCAAGAACUCGAAAGCAAGCGCAAGAAGACAGAGUCGUCAUUCGACAAGGCCAAAGCCCAGAGCGGCUACCAGCAGCAGCUAAUGGAUACAAAUAACGUCAAGAAUACAUAUCUUAUCAGCAUCAAUGUAACCAACAAGCAGAAGGAAAAAUACUUCCACGAGUAUGUUCCCGAGUUAAUGGACAGCUUGCAAGACCUCUCCGAGUUCCGAACCCUAAAGCUCAACGACCUCUGGACCCUUGCCUCACAGCUAGAGCGGGGCAUGCUUGAGCAAAGUCGCGGCCUUAUGGACCACCUCGGCCAGGAAAUCACUCGCAACCAGCCUCACCUCGACUCUCUAAUGUACAUGCGGCACAACAUUGGCUCGUGGCAGGAGCCAUCCGACAAGAGCUUUGAGCCUAGCCCAGUCUGGCACGACGACCCCACCAUGGUCGUCGAUGAGAUGGCCAAGGUGUACCUGCGGAACGUUUUGACAAAGUCCAAGGGCCAGCUUGGGGAUCUACGACGCGAAGUGCGGCAGGGUACGGAGAAGAAGGACGAGGUCGAGGUGGUGCGGCAAAUUUUUGCGUUACAGGAAGAGCUUCACGCGCUCGAUCGCAAGCGCUUGACGGCAGAGGUCGAAACGUCGACCAUCACGUCGACGUGUGAAAUGAAGGUUCCUGCCGACUGUCCGGGCGAAAAGUCCAAGGAGGAACGCAAAAAACUCAAGGCGGAACGGCAAGAAGCGGCCAAUUCUCUGCUUUCUGCACCCACAGGACCCCCUGCCCAUGUGGCCGAGCUUCCCGACCUAACCCGGUCCAAUACGAUGACCUCGUUGAGCUCGGGAUACGCAGCCAGCGCAAACAGGUCCAUAUCCGGCACGCCCACAGCCUACCCUUACCCCAGCAGCCGCUGCGGGUGGAGCCCGGAAGAACCGGGUCGUGGCACCUCCCCAAGCUCAUACAUUAGCGAGCUACCCGGUUCGGCAGACUUUGGCAGCAAAAAGCAGGAGCAGAAGGGGAAAACGCUGUACGCUUUCCAAGCCAGUGGCGAAGGAGAGCUCUCCGUUCCGGAAGGUCGUGAGGUGGUGCUUCUAGAACCGGAUGAUGGAAGUGGCUGGCUCAAGGUGCGCGCCGGAUACAAGGAAGGCAUCGUGCCUGCCUCGUACGUGGAGCUUUUGGCACCGAGCCCGAUAGUGCCGCAGACUACCGGUCCCUCUGGGCGGCCGACAUCCACAUACUCUAACUCGGGAUCCUCCAUCGGUGGCUCUUCCUUGCAGGCUAAAAAGAAGGGACCCGCGGUAGCUCCCAGGCGUGGUGCGAAGAGGCUCAAAUACGUCGAGGCGCUAUACGAAUACACGGCGCAAAGCGAAACAGAACACAGCAUGGUAGAAGGCGAGCGUUUCGUCCUCAUCAAGGAGGAUCCCGGCGACGGGUGGGCUGAAGUAGAGAAAGGUGGUGUUACGAAGAGCGUGCCGGCAAGCUAUGUCAAGGCGGUUUAG